CGUCCAUUGACAUCUACACAGGAUAGAAUAUCUUCAAGUAUUGUACUUACACACUCUCCCUCAGAUCACCACUCAAACUCAAUCCAGAUCCAAGAAUUAUCCCCGAACACAAAACAUACACUACACCUUAUCAGCUAUAUACACCACACAACAUAAACAAGCAGCCCUCCACCACCACCAUUACCAACAGUACCUACCUAGUACAACCCAAAAUGGGCGACAACACCCUCUUCUUCUACGGAACCCUAAUGUCCCCCCAAAUCCUGCACCGAGUAAUCCACGGCCGCGCCACACCGGAACCCUGGCAACGAGCGUACCUCACCAUCCAGCCGGCGGUCCUCCCCAACUACCGGCGGCACCGGGUGCGGCACGCCGAUUAUCCGGGGAUUGUGGCCGAAGGCGUGGCAGCAGCAGCAGCACUUCCCAGGGACGCGGGUAAAGCUGGAACUGACGCAGAUGCAAGCUCCGCCUCGGUGCUGGGGACGUUGGUGACCGGGCUGACGGAGGGGGAUGUUUAUCGGUUGGAUUUGUUUGAGGGGGAUGAAUAUACCAAGGUCAAGGUCAAGGUCAAGGUUAGGGUUAAGGGGGAGGGGCACGAGGCUAAUGGGGUUGGGGAUGAGGAGGAGGAUGUACGGGUGGGGGUGGAGGGAUUGGAGGGCACUGCCACUGCACCUGACGGGGCAGAAGCAGAAGUAGAAGCAGAAGCAGAAGUCGAGGCGCUGACGUAUGUCUGGACGGCCGGGAGGGAGCGGUUGGAGGAUGCCGAGUGGGAUUUCGAGGCCUUCAAGAGGGAUAAGAUGGCUUGGUGGGUCGAGGCGGAUGAGCGGGAUUGGUGA